AUGGACAUCCAGCAGCAGCAGCAGCAGCAGGAGGGCCAGCACGACGAUGUGGUGGGCUUUUUCGAGGUGUUCAAAAUGGGCCACCUGUCGCAUGCCGAGGUAGCCGCCCUCUCCACGGAGGAGCUGAGAAGUCGGUACAGCCUGCUGGUGCCUGUCAGCGACCGGACCCAACUGCAGCAGGCCCAGCCGGGAGGGUGCCAGCUCGCUGCCCUGCCCAAGCCUGGGCACAUUGUGGUGGACAAGACGCAUUUCCAGGACAUGAUGGCACGUGAGGCGAGGAGGGACGAGCCCGUGUUCAGGGCACACGACGUGUUUGCGCGGGACCGGCAAAUGAUAGCGGCCCUUCUGCGGGACAAGAUCGGCGGGCAGCGGGAGCAACUGCGAGCACUGGUGGCCGGACACACGCAGCGCGGCAAGGAGAAGCACGAGCUCCUCUCCGCCCUCAAGGACUUCGUGGACGAGGACCAAAAGCUGUGGGAGGGCAUCCUCGCCCACCCUUUCUUCCACGGCCCCCAGCACGACGACGCUGACGCUGCUGCUGCUGCUGCUGCUGCUGAACCUCAGCACCACGCUGCCGACGCCAACACAGGCCACCAGUAA